CGCACAUGAAUAACUUAAUGCGGGAUGAUUGAUUCGUAUUUGCGCACAAGUUUGCGCAAAGAAAUUAAACAACACAGAGAGGGAAAUCUCAACAUAUGUAGGGAAGAAGAUGAUUAAAAUUGGAUGUUUUUGUGAGCAGGACAAGUUGUUCCCAUGUUUCCUGCUGUGAUCGCCGUUUCUUCACGUGAUAUGUAGCUAAAAUGAUCUUUCUACUCUGGUCCUCCUCAGUCCCCUACCAGAUCUUCAUGAGUGGGCUGUUUAAAUGGUCGUAGCUGCCGAAGGACACGCCACACACACCCAGCUACCCUUUGCAAAGCGCACUUAACGGAUGUUAAUGGGAAAUAAUCGGCAAGUUUGAGAAGAGAAAUGGUGGCGGGCGGCUGCUCGGUUCAGCACGCUGGACAGCGCACGGGGAAGUUGGAGAGGACGGCGGCGCGCGGACACACGAGGAUUUAAUUGAAAUUAAUUUUUGGGGAGAGGCUGGAGACAUGAGCGACGGGUGACCAUGAUUAAUUUCAGGUGCUUAUUAUUAACAACAGGCGCAGGUAACCCGAGAGCGGACUUUCUGGAGUGAGACAUGGACUUUGCUGAAAUUAUUUUCGCUUUGUUCAUCGUCGUGGUCGCGGUCGUCUCGCUGUUGUCAAACUUAUUGGUGCUGCUAUGUUUCGUCCACAGCACCGAGAUACGCAGGCAGGUGCCCGGUGUUUUCACCAUGAACUUGUCCUUCUGCAACAUACUCAUCACUGUUCUGAACAUGCCGGCCACCUUGGUGGGGAUUAUCAGAAACCAGCAGCCUUUUGGGGAUUGCAUUUGCCACACGGUGAGCUUUCUGGAGACUUUUCUGACUGCAAACACUAUGCUGAGCAUGGCAGCUCUAAGCAUAGACCGGUGGAUAGCGGUGGUCUUCCCGCUCAGUUACUCCACUAAAAUGCGCUACAAGGACGCGCUGAUCAUGGUGUGCUACUCCUGGCUCCACUCCUUCACCUUCUCCCUGACGGCGCUGCUCUUCUCCUGGCUCGACUACAGCGACGUGUACGCGUCCUGCACCUUGCAGCCGAGCAAAGGAGGCAGCGACAGGAUUAAGUUUUCAAUCUUCACCGUGGUUUUCCACGCCACUAGCUUCAUCCUGUCCCUGCUCAUCCUGUGUUUCACCUACUUGAAGGUGCUGAAAGUCGCCAGGUUUCACUGCAAGAGGAUUGACAUUAUCACCAUGCAGACUCUUUUCCUGCUGGUCGACAUUCACCCAAGCGUCAAACAGAGAUGUUUAGCUGAGCAAAAGAGGAGAAAGCAGAGAGCCACAAAGAAGAUCAGCAUCUUCAUCGGCUCAUUCAUCAUCUGCUUUGCUCCUUAUGUAAUUACAAGGUUGGCCGAGCUUCUACCCUUCGUGGACAUAAACCGCCACUGGGGAAUCAUCAGUAAGUGCCUGACAUACAGCAAGGCUGCGUCCGACCCUUUCGCCUACUCCCUCCUACGUCAGCAGUACAAGAAAGUCCUGGUUACCGUCGUCAACAGGCUGCUCCGUCGUGACCUGUACCCCUCAUCUGGCCAUAACAGCUCUUUAGACACGGAGAACGACUACUGUCUCCAGAGGAUCAGCUAAUGGCAAACGCACGGACAUGACAGAUACACACUACAGGCCAAAAAUAAAGGUUGCCUCUUGGAAUAAGGUGGGAGGAGGAAGAGAAUGAGAGACAGAGAGGACAGGAUAUUGUUAGGAAGGGAAAAGAUAGAAGAUAGCACGGACAGGUGGUGGGUGGGGGGGCAGAGAGAGAACAAGAAUAAGGAAAAUGGUUGGCGGAGAACAAUGAAAAGGCAGUAACAAGGGGGAGGAUGAAUGAGAAAAGAGUUAAAAAAGAAGAAGAAGAGGGCGAGGGCGAGACAGAUAGGGAGUGACAGACGAUGUGGAGACGCUGGCUUCAGACAGUAUUGGUAAACAAGGGAUCUGUGACUCAUCGGUGACAGGAAUACACACACAUACACACACAGAUAAAAUGAAUCAAUUUCAUUGAAUAAGUCAUGGGUUCAGAUUAAUCUCAAACUGAAGGACCACCCUGCUGGAGACCUUACUGUAGGGGCCCCCUCAUCACUUUGAGAGACAUGUAUAAAGUGGCCUUUGUACUGUACCAACCACUUUAUAAUGAUUUUGGCUAAUCCACUUGCAGUGACCUUUCCUCAGCCACAAAACGCAAGGACAGAGCCAGAGGCUUGAUGGUCGAUAGUGGCGGAGCGAAGAUGUGAAAGGCAGCAAAGACUAAGUUGUUCCUGGUUCUGGAAAAUGUACCUUCAGUGAAUGGAUGGAGACUCAACUGCUGCACAUUAUUGCCAUGUUCUGUAUUGACCGUGUUAGACUACUUUGCAGUGUCAUGUCAGCCACUGAAUAUUAAUGCACUUUGUCUAAUUCUCUCAGAGCUACUAGUUAAAGGAGCCAAAGGCAAAUAACAUUUACACAAUGAUAUUAAAAGGAUACGGCUGGUGAUAUUUUAUAUUUUUGUUUUUGUCAGCAAGUCCCACGAAAAGACCAAAACCAACAGUGCACUCAACCCCUUUUAAUACUUUCCAACUUCUGUAGCUCUCAGCCCCAAGCCCAUUUAGUCCUACACAAGAAGUAAACAUCGGAUAUUGUUUUUUUUUGGCAUUGUUCCCUUCAUCUCAGAGUGAUGGUGGAGACACAGACAGGAAAUGCGGGGAGAAUAAGAAAGGGUCGCCUGCCAGAAUUCACUUCUAGAAUUCGUUCACCAAAAAUGGUCACAUAUGUAUGUAGUUUCAUUUUUAAAGAAGGCUAAACGAUUUCCUAAAACAGCUGGGUACUGUAGUUUUUAGCAAGCGUUAUAUAAACUGGAGUAAAUUGUUCAUUUUAUGGGGGACUAUUUUCAGCUGUGGAUUAAUACACAUUCGGUGUGCUUCAAACAGAAAUUCGAAUGAGUGUCAAAGAUAUUGUUUGUCAGAAGGUGUGGUAGUGAGGAACCAAGAGAGUGAGACACAGGUGGGCGCCUGUCUUGAAGCUUCAUGGCUUCAUAUUUCGGAGACUCUCAAUGGACCUCUGUGACCUGUAAGGAUCAGUCGUCCGUACAAGUGCCCAAAAAUGACAUAUAUUUCGUUUAAAAGACAGAAGCCCUUUAGAGGCUGUAGUAAUUAUAACGGGAAAUCAGAUGAAGUUCUUAUAUUGCUACAAAGUCUGUGUAGGACGAGGUUGUGGUGGAUGGAUGGGCCAACAAACAUCGAACACAGUUUGUUUCCCAUUUCCAUCUGCGCGUCAACGCUGUUUUUUAAAAACCAUGACCACGAUCAUCCCCAACCUUAUCCACAUGACCAUAGUAACCCUGACCCUGAGGAAGUAGUAAUUUUAACCUAAAUCAGGAUCUUUUCGCAAGCCUGCACAAUUGUUUUUCGUGCCUAAAGCUAACCUGACCUUAACCAUAGCGUUGUCACAUCAUAAAACAUAUUUAUUUUUCAACAGUGAUUCGUAACGAUUUUCAAAGGCACAGCCAAAUGAUGUCCUGCUGAUUGCUGCCAUUGGGCCGUCAGAUCAGAAAACGCUUGUAAAUGUCGCUCCGGAGUGCGUGGACCGACUAUGUAUUCUCUGUACUUGUUCAAGGCAAGGAUCACAUGACAGACAGGGACAGCUAAAGGCGUCAGUAGGCUAGCUUUUGGUAGCCAUGCUAGCUUGUCUGCUUGUAUUGUAGAAGCAGGUAACGCUAAGCCAUAACAGUGAAGAAGAGUGCAACACAACUGAUGGAAAUCCCCUUCAUCACCACCUUCUGUGGUUCAUGAAAUGAGCAAGAUGGAGCUGAAGUGGUGGGAAAAGGGUUUGGGGGAAGGGUUGUUAGGGAGGACGCACAAGAAACUGGACUAGAGUGAGGUCUAAUGAUCUGGUCUUUAUUCCUGAACCUAAAUUAGAUACAGGCAAUAAUUCUAAGUUUGAUACAUUCAUUAUUGGUUUUGGCAUUUUUAUAGGAAUUGUUGGCAAUAAUAAAACUAUAUAAUAUGACCAGAUUUGUCCUAUAAAGUGUGAGUUUGUAACUGAAUGUACUAGGGAUAGCCCACUUUUAACUGAACUGCAUUUGUACAACUGUGCUUUGUUUUGCCAGUUGACUGGAAGAAAAUGUUUCUAUGGAUAUUUACAUGAUGGUAUAUAUUUUGCACUGUACAGGAACAACUUUUUGUCUAGAUAAUUUUCCUCAAAAAGGGGAGCGAUGUGAUGUAGCAUAGGAAUGCUUUCAAAGUGCUUUAAACACACUGUUUUGUGUUUGUGCCAGAUUUGAAUAUGUGACUUUUUCAGCUGUUCUAUACUUUAACCAGAAUAGCUGCUUUAUUAUUAUUAUUAUUAAAAAAAAAAAAUCUGUUUCUUUGGACGUAUUUUAUGCACAUGUAUUUUUCCUCCUGUGAGCCACUUGCUGUUCUUUGGCAGUGUCAUUAGCUAUUAGUGGAAUA